GUGAAGCUGCUAACUGCACGUCACAGUCCUGCUUUGUUUCUACACAUCAGCUGAUGUUCAGAUGCGACAAAAAUACACAAACAAGACGGAGGUCACAAAUGUCACGUGGCUCACAAACUGACCGGAAGCGAUCCACAAACGCUUUUUCGGAGUCGGCCGGUUGGGGGGCGGGGCUUCCAGGUCGUCAGCUGCUGCACAAAACGUUUUGGAUCCUCUUGGAAGUUAACAGAUACACCGAGUACUACUUCAGAACGAAGUACUGUGGACCGGAAGUUACUGCUACUGCAGCUGAGUCCAGCUCAGUGACUGGUUCAGGGGUGAUGAUGUCAUCAGUGAAGGUGGAGUGCGUGGUGAAGGAGAGUGCUCUGAUUGGUGAAGGGCCAGUGUGGGAGGAGUCAGAGCAGACGCUCCUGUUUGUCGACAUCGCUGGGCAGAAAAUCCACCGCUGGAAUUCAACGACCAACGAGAUCCAGUCUGUGGAAACAGGUCACAUGGUGGGCUUUGCGGUUCCUCGCAGGUCAGGUGGUUAUGUUGCAGGUGUGGGUCGCAGCAUCGUGGCUGUUGAUUGGUCGACUCAGACGAUGAGGUCGUUAGCGGAGGUUGAUCAAGACAAACCAAACAACCGGCUGAACGACGGGAAGGUGGAUCCCAAUGGACGCCUGCUGGCAGGUACGAUGGGGAUGGAGGAGCGUCCGGCAGAGGUUCAGAGACAGCAGGGCUCACUGUUCUCCCUGACCUCUGACCUCACUGUCACCAGACACCUGAGCCAGGUGGACAUCUCUAACGGGUUGGACUGGUCUGUGGAUCAGAGGACGUUUUUCUACAUUGACAGUUUGUCUCUGACUGUCGACGCCUUCGACUACGACUCACCAACCGGACAGCUGGGUAACCGCCGUGUGGUGUACCGCUUGCAGGAAGGGGAAGGGCUUCCAGACGGGAUGACAGUUGAUGCUAAUGGUCAUCUCUGGGUGGCCUGUUACAAUGGAGGACGGGUCAUCAACAUUGACCCUGCUACUGGUGUGCAGCUGCAGACAGUCUCUCUGCCAGUGAUGAAGACCACCUCGUGUUGUUUUGGAGGUCCGGAUUACACUGACCUCUAUGUGACCUCAGCCAGUCUGGGCCUCAACCAAUCAGAGCAGAGACAGCAGCCGCUGGCUGGUGCUACGUUCAAGGUGACAGGACUCGGGGUCAAAGGUCGUCCUUCAAACUCAUUCUCUGGAUGAUCAUCAGGACUCAACCCAAACACCCAAUCACAGCACAGUUCAACUUUAACAAAUAAUUAACAGAUUGAUUGAUUGAUGAUUGAUUAAUCCAAACUGGCAGAGACUGUGAGAUAACUUUUAGCUGUUAGUAAUCAAUAAUUAGUGGUCCUAAUCAAAAGCAAUGUUAAUAAAUGGUUGACGAUGAUAAUAAUAAGGUUUAGCUUACAAAAUGUUCAUCUUUAAUUUAAUACUGGUUUUCAAAAUAAGAAAUACAGACUGGUGACAAAUUAAAGGAAAGACUGGUCCAAGUCUGAAUGCUGGACCCCUACAGUGAGGGGGUCUGGUGGCUCUG